ACUGAUUGUUUGUCGAUGAUUCGGAAAUGACAUAAUCACAGCAAACAAACGUCUCUUAGGAGAUUUUCACUUUUUGUGGGUUUUUACGGUUUCAUUUGUUGUUUUUCCGUUUGUUGCGUCGAUAUUCUGGGUUUAAUGAGAACAGCAGAGAUAUUAUAGCAAGCAAAAAAAAUUAAAGAAAAUCUACAAGAUCAACGUGUGAACCAGGAACAGACACGGAUUACAGACGCCUGUGUUUUCUUUACAGAUGGCUGAUCCUUCCGCACCUGUUCCCAAACCUCGAGCUCGUUACAAAUCGGUCGGUCAGUGCCUCAGCUCUUCUUUUGACAGUGUCUUUGGUGAAAACAACCAGUCUGGUGUUGCUACUGGUGAUCACCUGAACAAAGAUGUGUGGCGUCCUCCACCUCCCUCUGGUUCAGACUGCAGCCAAGACGUCCCAUCUCUGGCCAGUGUCACCUCUAUGAUCGCUGCCAAAAUCCCCUCAUUGGCCGGAGUUGAUGACAUUAUUAACUCUGCUCACCUUGUCCCCUCCGCUCCUUCAACACUGCCCUACAUAGGCAGCGUGACUAACAGCGUAGCUGCACACAAACCUAGUUCAGUAGACCCUGCCAGUACUUUGGUUUACCCAGACACAGCCACAUUGAAUCCCCCAGCGUCUGAUCCGUACGGAGUUCCCGUUAGUACAAGUUCUCCUAGCUUAGAUAACAUUGUUAGCUCAUUGGCAAACAUCCCAAGCUUAUCAAUGUUUAUGGGAAAUUACACUAACAACGCAAACCAAAGCGUCCCAUCCUAUUUUGCUGGCAAACCGCUACCUCCUGUACCAACCACGACUGGAGCUGCCGGCGACCACACAGAUGUGGGACAGCUGUCACAACUGGUCAUAUCAGCUUUGGACCCCAAUGCGAAAGUCACAUUACCUUCAGUAGCGGGAUCUGCAGAGCAACCUGAGAAUGCGUUAGCCUGUUGGGAUGUGGACGAGCCUGACACGGAAUCAUCAAAUGAGGAGGAGGAGGACGCAGGAUUGGUCUCUGCGGCGAGUGAAUCAAAAGGAGAAGAUCAUGCCGUGGCUACGUCCAGAAGCACCGGCCCUAAGAAGCUAGUCCUGCCCCCUGCUCCAGGUGGGGUUUCAAGGAGAGUUUCGAACCGAAUACAAAAGAAGAUCCCAAGAGCGGCCACUAUUAGGGUGUCCAGAAAGAAGGGGGGCAGAGGCGGCUCGGUGCCACAAGGUUCUGUGGUCCGAAACAGCUGGCUGGACACCUGGAAGGGUUUAAGACACAAUGUCCUGUGGGCGACGUUUAACGGGCGGUUAAUGGCGCUGUGGAAAAAACGCACAGAUCGGUUUAGUGAAUUGACCUUUCACGUCUCCUCCAUCACUAAUGUGAAGAAACAUGACAGGGGAAAAUUCACUGUAUAUUUCAGGAAGAAGCGUUUUGACUUCAUGGCUCAUUCUGACGAUAUCAGGGACGGUUGGGUUGAAUCACUGCUGGCCUCACGUAGUCAGCAAAGCCCCGACCCACCUACUCUGCACGGGCAGAUCAGCAUGAAAGAUAUCAGGAGUCGAGCAUAUGCCGCCGUCUGGGGUUAUGACCUCUGGAUUUAUCCCAACAAGGAAGGAUUUCAGUUGGGCUUGGCCUCUUUCUCUGUUCCUCUGAAUGUGGCAUCGGUGAAGGCGACAGGAAAACACACCUUUAGCCUGAUUACGCCUUACAAGACCUUCAGCGUGUCUGUUGACUCUUCUAAGGACCUGUCGUCGUGGUUAGAUUGCCUGUCUUUGUCAAUCCGAAACGCCCUGUCUUGCAGCAAGGUAGCAAUGCGGAUUUUGGAAAACCCUUGUAACAAAGUGUGCGGUGACUGCAAUGCAGCCAAUCCUGAGUGGGCAUCAGUUAACCUGCUUGUGGUCAUCUGUCAGGCCUGUGCAGGUCACCAUCGUGCUCUUGGCACUAACGUGUCCAAGGUUCGAAGUAUGAAGCUGGAUAACAACGUGUGGACUGAACCACUGAUGCAGCUGUUUGUCAUCUACGGGAACCACCUGGCCAAUCAGAUUUGGGCCGCAGCGGUGCCAGCAGCAGAGCAACUUUGUCCGGAGUCGUCCGAUGAGGAGAGGUCAAAGUUUAUCCAGUACAAAUAUGGCAAAGGGCGCUACAGACGAGUUCACCCUCUUGCCGCUUCUCAGUCCCUAAUGGACCAGAGGUUGAGAGAUAUUGUUUGCUGCGAUGACAUUGAAGAGACCAUGUCUUUGAUCUGCUCUGGGGCUAAGGUGCGCCAGUUUGAAAUUCAAAACCCCUCACUCGUCGUCAUCGCUGAAAAGGCAGGCCAAGCACUUCAGAGUGAACUGUUACGAUUAAACGAGUACACCGAAGUCCCACCUCAUACGCAGCGAUUCAAAAAGAGAGCAAGCUGCUCCACUUUAGAUGAGGAUGAGGAGGAAGAGGAGCUUCACGGUAAACUGGAGGAGGACCGUUUCCUCUUUUCGGUAGAAAAUGAUUCGGCUGCAUGUGACGUGCUUGACUUGCGGGAGGUGCUGUCCGUCUUCACCACGCAGAACGGAUCGCAUUAUCAAUUUGAGUUGGUGAUACUUGGGGAUCAACUCAUUUGUCAUGCUGAAGACGAUGACAUCCUGACAUCUCACAUGGUCCACAUUCUAAAGGUGAUUCUCCCAGGAGGCGUGUCUUACGCUGAAGUGUGUGGGGCCUCAGCUGUGAGUAAGGUGUGUGUCAUGGAAGGAAACAGCGCCUCCUGUCAGUCUGAAUCUUGGUUGUUACUGUGGGAGGACGGCAUCAGUAUUUACCCCGCCGUGAGAGGCCUGCAGCCAAUCCUGAAGAUGGAACUGACAGCAGUGCGUCGUCACGAGAUCGAUGCAUCUAAAAACGCAAUCACUUUGGAAACCAGGGAAAGGAGCUUGUUGUCGCUGCAUUUUAAGGAAACCCACAGCUGCCAGUCCUGGUUCAACCACCUGCAAAGAGCUUUAAUCAAUCAAAGACCAGACUCAAACCGGCGCCCUGCUCCGAGUCGGAGCGCAGCUCGACAGCCUCUGUACCCGUCUCUAGAUAUAAGUGGUCGAGGUUCAGUACCACAAGCCAUCGAACGCUGCAUCUCCCACAUCACAGCACAUGGUCUAAAGGUGGAGGGUGUGUACCGCCGUUGUGGAUUGGCUACCAAAGUGAGUAGAUUAGUAGACGCUCUGACGACAUCCCCGAGCUCUGCUCUGUUUGAGAAUGAUGAACAGGGUGUGUUGGACGCCGGCUCUGCUUUGAAACAAUAUGUCCGCCAGAACAAGGGUUUCAUACCCAAUGUUCAGCCAUGGCUACAGGCCGCAGGUGUUUCAGACGAACGUCCAAGGUUCAAGGCCUAUCAACGUUUACUUCAACAACUGCCUGACGUCAACAGAGCAACACUCAACGCGUUGUUUGCUCACUUCUACACGGUUCAGGUUUUCUCUCAGGUCAACAAGAUGUCCGCUCAAAACCUGGCCGUAGUUCUUGUCCCGACGCUGUUCCAGACUUUAAGCCAGGAUUUGCUCCGUCUCACUAAAGAGUUUAUAAUUCACCACACACUGCUUUUCCUGACAUCAAUGGAUCCAGGAGAGGAGGAAGAACAGAUCACUGUGCUGUGAUGGAGGAGAAAAUGGAACAAAAGGGGGAAAAAAAGAACAAAAUGCCAACAAUAAUCUGUAUUACUCUCAUUACUUUUUUUUUAUCAUCUUUUUAUUUAAUCAGAGCAAUUAAAAAGAAAGACUUUGAUACUUUCGUUUUUAAAUAUAACCUGGAAUAAAAAUCACUUUCUCGGGCAAGGAAUUUCCCUCCCAACAGUGACACAAUAAAUAUGUAUUUGCAAUUUAAUUCAGAUCGGUGAUUAGCCCUUGUAAAAUAUUCAAAUAAACUGAAAAACAAAAA